AUGGGGAUUCUUGAAGUAGAGUUUCCGUUCAGGAUUGAUGAAACGCACCCAAGACUUAAGAUGGAGGUUGCGAUGGAGAGAAAGGAAGACCUGGUGUCAUUCAGCAUAGAGUAUGAUAUGGAUCUUGCAAUAGACAAUGCUGAGCUUAAGUCCAAGGAAGAAGUCCGAGGACGGUUUAUGUAUGUCUACAAGUUUGUCAAUCUGGACAGUGCAAUGGAGUUUAUGGAAAACAGCCAGGCAAAGGCACUGGAAGCCAAAAGACUGCUGGAUGUGGAAAAAGUAGAAAGGGAAAUGGACUCAUUUAUGGAGAGGUAUGAAGCAGGAGAGAAGAGAUCCAAGAAGAAGAGGACAAUUGUUGUUGGGGAGGAUGGGUUCAUGAAAUAUGUUUAG